AUGUCCCUUCGCACGCUGCUCAAGACAAUGGGUUCAGAAAUCAAGAAAGUCCCGAUUCCUCGCCGGGGUGUGGACUAUAGGGGCAAGCUUGUUCUUGCGCCCAUGGUCCGCUCUGGCGAACUUCCCUCUCGCCUCUUGGCCUUACACUAUGGCGCAGACCUAGUCUGGGGCCCUGAGACAGUCGACAAAGCCAUGAUCGGCACGACGCGCACAGUGAACCCAGUUACCAACACGAUAGACUUCACCAAGAUCCCCUCGUUCGGCCACAAGAACCCUCCAAAGCACAUGCCCGAGGCGAUGAUCUUCAGCACACACCCGGAGAAGGAGGCUGGAAAGCUCAUCUUCCAGAUUGGGACGGCAGACCCAGACUUGGCAGUACAGGCGGCUAGGCUCGUGGCGGGUGAUGUCGCCGGCAUCGACGUGAACGCAGGUUGCCCGAAGCCGUUCAGCAUUAGCGGUGGAAUGGGCGCGGCUCUUCUAAAGACUCCGGACAAGCUUGUCGCAAUCUUGGAGGCCCUGGUUGCGAACAUUAUGCCAGAAUUCGAGAUUGGCAUCAGUGUCAAGAUUCGCCUCUUGGACACACCCGAACAGACCGAAGCCCUUGUGCGCAAGCUUUGCGCCACGGGCAUCACUGGCCUCACGAUCCACUGCCGCACGACACCUAUGCGUCCUAGAGAGCGUGCCAUCCGCGAGCAGCUUCGUAUGGUCGCGGAGGUAUGCCACGAGGCGGGCGUUGCUUGCAUCAUGAACGGCGACGUCGAGAGCCGAGACCAAGCAGUCGACCUGAUCAAGGAGUUUGGAGUCGAUGGCGCGAUGAUUGCUACUGCAGCUGAGGCGAACUCGAGCUGCUUCAGGACGGAAGCAGACGGAGGCCUGGCGUCCUGGGAGGAAGUGGCGGCAACAUACGUCAAGUACGCGCUCGAGGUCGACAACAAGUACGGCAACACGAAAUACCUGCUCUGUCAGAUUGUCCCGGGCAAGAGCGCGACAUAUCAAAAGAUGAAUCAGUGCAAGAGCUAUACCCAAAUCUGCCGCGCACUCGGGCUCGAGGAUCUCAUCGAGCUUGCUCAGCAGACUGAUCUGAACAAAGGCGUCGACCCGGAAAAGGGGCCUGGCAAGGGUGGAAAGAAGCCCAAUUCAACCGCCAUGGCGGCCGGCGGCAAGAUGGUCGAGAGCCGGGCUGCGCAGGCCCCUCGAAACAAGUCUCAAAGGGGUGUCGGCGCGCCCAAGGAAACACAGCCAACGCAGCCGGCUCCUGCUACCUUACAAACUUGA